CAAAGGGCCACCGGGGCCGAUGGGAGUUAAAGGACUUAAAGGUGAGACUGGUGACAGGGGCUCCAGGGGGCCAACUGCGCGAGGACCAAAAGGACAGCCAGGACCUCCUGGACUACCUGGUGAACCAGGUUUACCCGGAUAUGGUCAGGACGGACGCGAUGGACAGAAGGGCCCUCCUGGCAUUCCAGGGCAGCCUGGUGUUCCAGGUCCUCCCGGCCCAGCUGGUCUUAAUGGUUACUGCGACCCGUCCACCUGUAACCUCGCAGCUGGCGCCGCCCACCAGUCUCUGGAUGUGAAGGGACCUGCAGGAAACUAAAGAAGCAUUCUGGCAGAGUCAUAAAGACUCCGGUUAUCUCCACAGAGCACAUAACAUUUUUCACACCGUGUUCUCAGGGGCGACGGUUUGUUGCGCCUUCAAUCCAUUAACCUCCAGUUUUAGCAG